GCCGACACGUCACGAGGUCGCUGCCAGUGUCUGAAAACAUCAGUACUGAACCACCUCCGACUCUGCUCCAAGGUUUUGCUGGUGGUGGUUGGCUUGAUGGGGUCCAAACAGGUGACAAAGUGAUGGUCUAAGGACUCACAGUCACAAGAGGUGCUGCUGAGUGGAAUGUUGCGUUGGUCGGUGCACCUUGAAGGAGGGCCACGGAGAGUCAACCAUGCUGCUGUGGCUGUGGGGCACAAGGUGUACACCUUCGGGGGAUACUGCUCCGGGGAGGAUUACGAGACACUACGUCAGAUUGAUGUGCAUGUUUUCAACACAGUGUCCCUACGCUGGAUGAAAUUACCCCCAGUGAGGCCUGUGGGACAUGAGCGUGCUCGUGAAGUGCCCUAUAUGCGCUACGGUCACACAGCAGUACUCCUGGAUGACACCAUUUUCUUGUGGGGGGGACGCAAUGACACAGAGGGGGCCUGCAAUGUGCUGUAUGCUUUUGAUGUCAAUACGCACAGAUGGUUCACACCCAAAAUUUCUGGGACAGUUCCAGGGGCAAGAGAUGGCCACUCUGCCUGCGUUCUGUGGAAGGCGAUGUAUAUAUUUGGAGGGUAUGAGCAGCUGGCUGACUGCUUUUCCAAUGACAUCCACAAGCUGGACACCACCACCAUGAUUUGGUCUUUAAUUAAUGCCAGAGGUAUUCCAGCAAGCUGGCGGGACUUCCACUCAGCAACCAUCAUCGGCACAAAGAUGUUUGUAUUUGGAGGGCGAGGAGACCGUUUUGGUCCGUUCCACUCCAACAAUGAGAUCUACUGCAACAAGAUAGAAGUUUUUGACACACAGACUAACUGCUGGCUGAGCACUCCAUUAACACAACCUUUGCCUGAGGGACGCAGGAGUCAUUCAGCCUUUUCCUACAAGGGAGAGUUGUACAUAUUUGGAGGAUAUAAUGCUCAUUUGGACCAGCACUUCAACGAUCUCUGGAAAUUCAGUCCAGAAGCCUUUUCUUGGAAGAAAGUGGAACCCAAGGGGAAAGGCCCAUGCCCCCGGAGACGACAAUGUUGCUGCAUGGUUGGAGAUCGAAUCAUCCUCUUUGGAGGAACCAGUCCCUGUCCUGAGCAAGGAAUGGGCGAUGAAUUCAACCUCAUGGAUCAUUCAGACCUUUACGUCUUAGAUUUCAGUCCUAAUUUGAAGACAUUAUGCAAAAUAGCUGUAAUUCAAUACAGUCUGGAGCAGUCGGGUCUCCCGCAUGAUAUCAGGUGGGAGCUGUCUGCCAUGACCACCAACAGCAACAUCAGCAGGCCCAUCUUCUCCUCACAUGGCUGAAAGGAGCAGAAUUUAUUUUUCAGAUCCAUUGCUGACGGAGGGACUUUUUUUUUUUUCAAGAUGGAUCUGUGGUGGAUUUAUUCUAUUCAUCCAAAAUGUCCUGUAUAGGAUGUGCUCAGGAUGUUUCACAAGAAGAGAAAAAUGGCUGACACCUGCUCACCUUUUAUCUUUUUAUCUUUCUAGAAAUCCAAUCAGCCUAUGAUAAUCAUAGACUCCGAACCCUAAGCACAGGAGGACUUAAGCAAAAAACAAAAAAAAAGACCAUGAUAGCUAACACUGAGAGACAAACUGUAACACAAUCUCAACAUUAAGAGACUUAAAGGGUCAUGGAUAUGUACAUUUACGUAUACAUCAUGUCCAUUUGCAGCUAAUGGGUCAAUAGACUAACUUACUUGUGUUUUUUUUUUUGGUGUGCAGGGAGGUUGAUUAUUGGGUACUGUGCUGGUGAACUUUCCUGUUUGAUCAUCUUGCAACGCUUCACUUGUACUCCACUUCAUCUCCACCUGGCGACCCCACGGCCACCCGAUGCCCUUUUGAUGAUUCAACGCUCAUUUCCAAGCAGCCUAGCUGUGUGUUGUCUUAAAACCCAUCUACCUCCCCCAACAUCAUGCAUCAUUGUCUUGGAUAACGUUUCCUCAAUCAAAAAAAAGGUUGUCGUUGCUGUCACACACCUGCCAUUACCUUCCCCCGCUGACCCUACCACACCUUUUUGUGCCAAAUACACAUCAUGUACACAUGAUUCAUCAUGCAAAUGUGUAGUGUGUUAAGUAUGUGGUUGUCAUCCACACAUAAUCACAACCCAGUAGCUGCAGGCUACCUUAAGUCCAGGUAACAACCGGUCAUACGGGCUCCUGCGGACUUGUGUGUCGUGCGUCAGACAUGCACCCUACAUACGUAAUUGGUGCAGCCAAUGCAUGUUCAGAUAUUUUGUAUGUCCUCCAUGCUUGACGAGACCCCCUUUGACCUUCAGGGUCACCAUAACUACAUUCUCCACAAACAAAAACAAAAAAUCGCAUGACCAACAAAACAUCUGGUCGUGACAUAGACUUUAUAGGUAGCACCGACGUGCAUCACAUGACUUGUUCAUUUAAGCCUGUUCUACACUGUACAAUUUUGGCUGUCUCAGAAUUUAAAAAAAGGUCAAUCAUGAGCAGUGUUUCCCACAGGGCUGCAGUCCAUUUGUGGUGGUGUAAUGGCAUCAUCGUCUAAUUUGCAUACUUGGCCUUGAGGCGACAGCAUGUAAUUGUAAUGGAGGCUGUCAGAGAACACUAGAGACGAAAUUAUUAAAAAAAAAAACACACAAAAAGCAUAACAAAUAUGUCCAGAACUACAAAUGAACUUUCUUCUGUCACCUCUUUUUGUCAUAUUUGACUGGCCAGUGGGUGGUUUCGGAUGGGGGAGAGGCCCUGAGCAUCCCCGGCUGAUCGAUAAUAGUGGUAUGUGCUUUCAUGUCACGAAUCUGUUAGAAAACGUGCAAUUUUUAUACGUGUAUAUCUUAGUUUUCGCUGUAAUAUUUUUUGGCAAGCAUUAAGAUUUUGCACUUUGGUGGUUUUUGAACAAUUGUGUCCUAUGAGAAGCAAAAGCGGUACCUGAAUGAAUAACAUUUUCCAGCUACAUUGGAAUACAAUACAAUUGUGUGUGUUCUUUAACUUGAACACACACGCACUAAGUAGAUUGAGAGCCUCUCUGUUUUAGUCUCUUCACUAGUUGUGAAGAUAGAGCAGAGUAGUCGCUAAAUAUAAGGACGGUGUCGCUAAGUCACACAUUGAUCCCUCCUGCUACAUCGUCUUAUUCUCUGACAGACCGUAUGAGUACUGUAUCAAUUAGCAACAGUGAAGAGGUAGCGUAGUCCAAAUUCAUUUGUGGCAGGCUGUCACAAAUGAAUGAAUGUAUGGGAAACACUGAUGGAAAAAAAAACAGUCAAAAAUGAUAUAUGGCUGUAUAGCUCAUAAUGCAAUACCAACAUAGGCAUCCAUCUAUUUUCUACACUGCUUAUCCUCUCAUUAGGCUCGCAGGGGUAUGCUGGAGCCUAUCCCAGCUAACUUUGGGCAGAAGGCGGGGUACAUCCUGGAAUGGCCGCCAGCCAAUCACAGGGCACGUAUAGACAAACAACCAUUCACACUCACAUUCAUACCUAUGGACAAUUUGGAGUCGCCAAUUAACCUAACAUGUUUAACAUGCAUGUUUUUGGAAUGUGUAUGAAACAUACAGUGUAAAACAGGCUUUAGACAAUCCAAUCCUGAUGACCUGUUUAACUGUCUGAGAAACCAGGAGAGCAUGCCAUGCUUCUAGCCGCCACAAGCAACAUGAUACCAAUACAUAAGGGCUCUCUCUAGAUUUCACACUGUAAAAUACAAAUCUUCACGUAAAUCACACUUAUGAAUCCAUCCAUGUCAAAUUUAAAGCUAAAGGCUGCCAAUAUUCUAAUAUUCAUGAUUGCUUCAGCAAUGGCUUGUUUGUUCCAAUGCAUGAAAUAUGACAGUAUUUAUAGAGGACACAUAUGCAAGGGGUCAUUUUACAAACUGCCAACAUAACUCAGACUCGGAGUGGAUGAAGUGCUUCUGUUGGAAUGUUCGUAUUUACAGCAUCAGGGUCAUUGUGUGUCAUCUUUCAUCUUGAUGCAAGAAACACGCCAAGCGCUCAUUGAUGUGGUGGUAAUUGGUUUUUGGGUAACAACAGACUUAUGGAGGUUUUGAAGAACAGGCUCGGUGAGGCUUUGAUUACACAAGCAGUAGGAUCGAUACAUUGCAGAGCUGGGUGAUUUCUCUCUCGGAGGAAGUAAUUGGAACCCAACAUAACUGCGUUAAUGAGGUGGAGAGAAUGAGUCGCUGUGUUGCCUUUAUUGCAGCCUUUGAGCCAUACACUUCAGUUGUAUCGAAUGCUGAGCAUUACAAUACAAAUGUCGGAAUCAUAUUGUUGGUUGCAUCAGUGCUUUUCUGCCUUGGUUUCUGGGAUCAAGAUUGCUUUAUUGUCACACGUGGAAGACAAAAAAAAAUAGCCUGUGGUACACGGAUUUGAUUGACAUGAAUUAUUUUCACUGAACUGGCUUGCACCGCAAAUGUUUACAAGUGUGUGUAUGUUCAAUUGCAGGACAACCAGAUUGCUGCACUUAAGCAUAUCAGGACAUUCUGGCUAGAUGAUGCUGCUCUAUGAUCAAGUAUAGACACAAACCAUGUCGGGAGUAGUGAAGCUCUCUCUAACAAAUAGUACACUUCAGUCCCCCUAUAGUCGGUGUACAUCAGCCAAACAACUCAUGCUGAUUUGACACAAAUGCCAUCAGCAAAACUGAUACUGCAUGUUCUAAAGUCAAGUUGUGGCUGAUGGAUUAUGGGUGAUGGAACUCUUCAGGGAUAACCACACAUAUGGUAAAAUACAGUGUCGGCAACACAUUUUCUCUGACAAUGAUGCAUACACCUUCAGUGCUAAUCACACUGGAGACCAGUGUGUUUGUUGACACAUGUUGGCAUUACAUUCUUAAUGGCUGUGAUUAAACCCACUCUGUUAAAUGGAGGCUAAAUACAAGUUUAAGAGGUGUGCCUUGCUUUCCAAAUAUGAUAAAUGCUUUCGGAAUACAGUGCCGGAAGACGCAUUGUGGCUUGUGACAUUGUAUCAAUAGGAUGAAUAAUUCCUUCCUACCAAAUACCUAGAUAUAACCGAACAAGUAUUGAGUGUAUUAACAUUCAAUUAUCCACAGACAAACACUUGGCUAUUGUUUUAUUUCUUUUUUUUUUUUUUUUACUUUUCUUAGUAGAUUGUUCAAGUUGGUCAGGACUUCCUGUGCAAUAUGCUUCAUAACUAUACCAGUAAUAAAUCAGAAACAAUUUCACUUGACUGUCCCUCGUGACUUUGCUGGGUUGAACUAUUAAUGUGUAUCCAUCCGCUGAGUAAUGUCAUCAUGGAGGAGCGCAACAGGAUUCCACUAACAACAUAUGCAGCUCUGGUGAAUUUCAUGCCCAAGAGGUUAAGGCAUUGCACAAAAAGAUGGUGCUCACACUGAAUAUUGACACUUUGGACGCAGUUUGAACUGUGUUGUUCACUGUGUUGCCAGCUACAGUACAAUAUUUACAUAACUAUGGCUGUGUGUUGACUUUUCAUUCAUUCAUUUUCUGGAGCCUAUCCCAGCUGUCUUCGGGCAAGAGGCGGGGUACACCCUGCACUGGUCGCCAGCCAAUCACAGGGCACAUAUAGACAAACAACCAUUCACACUCAACAUUCAUACCUAUGGACAAUUUGGAGUCGCCAAUUAACCU